UGCCAAUCACGCAAAGGUCAGGGGACAACCACGCAAAAAAGCCUUUGAGCUAGCCUGAAAGUGAAAAUCAUCUGAAGACGUGGUCGCUGUAAAAGAAAAUCAUCUUAGGGAGUGAAAAUUAUACUUGCAUCUAUCUACUCGGACGCCGAAAUCUGAUGAUAAAAAUUGAAGUUGCAACACUAACCCCCCAAUCCCAUGUAUGUCUCGCAAUCCACAAACAAAUUCGAAAGACCUUUCCCUUCUUUUUCGCUAAUUUCUCAAUCAUCAACACCAAUUAUGUUUGCAAAAUUCCAAAAAGCAACCGAUAAGGUAUGGCUAUCCGUACAAAAGAGAGCAAAUUGGAAUUGUAGAGCGUUUGGGAGGCAGACGACUAGCAUGACAAAGAAGAGCUUUUCUCCACCCAAAAUCCAGGAGCUCUACGACCUCUGCAAGGCCACCUUCACGCACUCUGCUUCUUCUCCGCCGCACCCACAAGCUGUCCAGAAACUCUCCUCUCUUCUGGACACGGUGGGUCCUGCUGAUGUUGGCCUUAAAGAGGAAAAUCCAGAUGAAGACAGAGGUCAUGGACUUUCUGGUCUUGACCAGCUAAAUAGGGUUGCUCGGUUGGCUCAACCAAUAACAUACUUGGAUAUAUUUGAAUCUGAAAGUUUCACGAUGUGUAUAUUCUGUUUCCCUACUUCGUCAGUCAUACCACUCCAUGACCAUCCCGGGAUGACUGUUUUUAGCAAAAUUCUCUAUGGCUCUUUGCAUCUAAAAGCUUAUGAUUGGGUUGAGCCUGCCCUCUUCCGGGAAAGCAAGGGACCAGUUUACUUUCCAGUUAGAUUGGCAAAACUGGUAGCUGAUGAAGUUUUAACAGCCCCUUGUGACACAUCAGUAUUGUACCCGAAGACUGGGGGUAACCUGCAUUGUUUCACAGCGGUUACCCCAUGUGCUGUUCUAGACAUUCUCACACCUCCUUAUAGAGAAGAUGCGGGCAGAAGAUCUACUUACUAUCAUGAUUAUCCUUACGCUGCAUUCGCAAAUAGAGCUGAGAUAAGGGAUGGAAACGAAGAGGACUAUGCAUGGCUUGCAGAGAUAGAAACUCCACAUAACCUGUAUAUGCGGCCAGGGAAGUAUGUUGGCCCAACCAUUCAGGCUUAGCUCUCGGUUUAAUUAUCGAUGGGAGAGCUGCUUCUUCCCGUUGAUCUUGGUUUCAGAGAGAGAGAGAGAUAUAUAUAUAUAUUUUUUUUU